AUGUCAUUAUCCGAGCAUGCCGAGCCAUUGACACCAUCGAGAAAACGGUCGAAAUGGCGGGAUCACGAUGAAGAGGACACACAAUCUCUUGCUCAACCCAAUGUUCAACACAAGCGACGUGUGAGGCCCAAACGGUCACCGGAAACAUCCGCUUCGCCUGCUCCAGCCGCAGCUCAAUUCCCAACCUCCACCAAACCCUCACACAGUACCUACGUCCCUCCUAGAACUCAUCAUCCCCCGAUUAUACCGUCUCGGUCUGUCUACAGUUACGAGCGGUUGAACCAAAUAGAAGAAGGGUCUUAUGGAGUCGUUUUUCGCGCCAGAGAUAAGCAAACAGGUGACAUCGUGGCCCUGAAAAAAUUCAAGCUUGACGAGGAAAAGAAUGGCUUCCCUAUUACCGCUCUACGGGAAAUCAACGCGCUUAUGUCCUGUCGGCAUGAAAACGUCGUCGGGGUCCGUGAGGUGGUAGUCGGAGAUACCCUGACACAAGUGUUUGUAGUGAUGGACUUUAUUGAACAUGACCUCAAGUCACUUCUUACGCUCAUGCCCUUGCCAUUUUUGCAAUCUGAGGUGAAGACAUUGAUGCUACAGCUGCUUUCAGCGGUGAAGCACUGUCAUUCAAACUGGAUACUUCAUCGCGACCUCAAGACCAGCAACUUACUCAUGAACAAUCGUGGCAUCAUCAAAGUCGCUGACUUCGGUCUUGCGAGAAGGUAUGGAGAUCCCGUCGGAGUAGGAGGGAUGACCCAACUUGUGGUGACUCUUUGGUAUCGAGCUCCUGAAAUCCUUCUAGGAGCAGAGACCUACUCGACUGCAGUUGACAUGUGGUCCGUUGGCUGUAUCUUCGCAGAGCUACUCCUCAAAGAACCACUCUUCCAAGCCAAGGGAGAGUUAGAGCUGAUUUCUAUGAUUUUCAAACUCUUGGGACCCCCGACAAACAGUUCAUGGUCGGGGUAUUCAACUCUCCCGCUUGCAAAAACCAUCACUCUACCAUCCCCCCAACCACCUCAAUUUCGCCACAAAUUUCAAUACCUGACAACAGCAGGUCUAGACCUCAUGAUGUCGCUCUUGACUUACGAUCCGGAACGUAGAAUUUCGGCAGAAGAAGCUCUCCAGCAUCCGUAUUUCAGCGAAUCACCCCUCCCCAAGCAUCCAGAUUUGUUUGGCUCUUUCCCGUCCGCUGCUGCUGGUGAAAAGAAACGCAAGAUUUUUGACAGCCCUUCAGCACCUGUUCGAGCGGCAGAUUACAAGCUAUUGACUGAAUUCGAUAUUCCGUAG